GCCUCACUCCGCCGACUGCCCCGGGCCCGCGCGGCACCCGCCGCCCGCCUGCCUCGCCCCGCGGCCGCCCCGCGGGCCGGGCAUGUGAGCGCGGGCGGGCGCCGCCAGCAUGGCCUCGCCGCGCGCCUCGCGGUGGCCGCCGCCGCCGCCGCUGCUGCUGCUGCUGCCGCCGCUGCUGUUGCUGCUGUCGCCAGCGGCCCCCGGGACGCGGGGUCAGCCGCCCUCCCCGGUCUCCCGCGCGCCGAGCCGGGCGCCUUUGGCUAGCGCGGGGCUGGAGAGGCUGCCUGAGCUCGGCCCGGAGCGCCGCGGGCCCGCGACCCUCGGCCCCGGCCAGACGGCCCCCCGGCGGGGCGUCGCGACACUGCGGGGACCUUCGGGCCCGGACGCCCGAGGCGGGAGUGCGGCCAUUCCAAGGAACCACUGGCCAGAGAGCAACACUGAACCCCACACAGAAAACAUCCCUUUCUAUCAGAAUCAAAAGAACUUUUCAACAGUGGCUUCCAAAGAGACCUCUAGAAGUAACUUUGCUUCUUCGGAUAUCCCAGAAAACCUCACUCUGCUAACGGGAACAGCUGCUGCUGGAGGAAGACGCCACUCUUCAAAUAGUACAAACUUCACCAGUUUACCUGGUGGGGACUUGCCUGAGAUGGCAACAGCUGUCACUUCCCAGAGCAACACCUUAGCCUCGGAAAGGCUUUACCUGCCAGCCAGGAGUUCAGGGUCUGGAGGAAGAACUGCCCCUCUUUCAGUGGAGAGUGGACCAUCCCAGGGCUCACUGAAGAGGGAGCUGGAGCUCUCAGAAGCAGUCACUGUGCACACCCAAGUGGCUACCAUUUCAUUUUCCAGCCAGUCCUCUCUUCCUACCCUGGAGGCCAGGCGCAGAAGUUCCUUGGGACCAGACCGUUCCUUGGUACAUUUCUCUAAGACCCCAGCUUACUCUCCUGACCACUCCUCAUCUUCUGAAAGUACAGAGGGGCUUAACAACUCCACUGGUCACCAGAGCGCCUUGGUCCGACAGACAAAGAGUAUCCAUUCUGCCGCCACCUUCACUGAUGGUGUCCCAAGGAUGCUCCGAUCUUUGACUCUCGGUCUGGGACUUACAGAUGAGGCAGGGGACUUCACUGAGGACUCUAAGACCGCCACGACUUCAGUCUCAGUCCAUUCUUCACUGUCUGCAGUGGAAUCGAGAAGGAACAGUCAAGUAACUGGGAAUCCAGGGGAUGGGGAAUUCACUGAGCCAUCCACAGAAGAUGAACUUGGGCUUACAGCUUCACGUUGGCAAAAUGAUUCCCCAACCUUCAGAGAACAUCAGCUUGCCAGCAGCUCUCAGGCACAACAUGGGAGUUCCGUGUCUCAGACUGAGUCUGAGUCCAGGUCAUUCCCAUCCACCAGAGCUGGAGAGAGCACUGCACACUGGGUCUCCACCAACAGCAAGACAUUUGCAGAUGCAAAAGGAAGCUCUGCCUCAUAUCCUGAUGUUGUGAGUGCUUCAGUUUUCACCGGGUUCUCGGACUCUGCUCCACAGACCAGAGGAAGGAACACAGUGUUGAGUGAUAGUGGUUAUUCAGAGUCUUGGUCCGCAUCUUCCUCAGAAAGCCUGGAUUCUUCAGCACCACCUGGAGAACGUUCGACAGUGGGAGACAGCCGCACAGGUGUGGGGGACAGGACACCCAGGGCUCCCCCGCGCAGCGCACACACCUCGGCUACUCUGGCCGGAGUGGCAGAGCGCACGCUGCGGUCCCUCGCCCCCACCAACGCCAGCACCAGUGCCACCCCUGCCCAGAGCUCCGCAGGGACAGAUGUCACCGACGGCACCAGCCUGGCCACCUUGCAGGCCCUCGGAGUUACUGGAAUUAGCUACGAUCAAGUGAGUGGCACAGAUACUGAACAAAGGAAUUCUAGCAGCCACACAGACCACACUUACAUUUCAUCGACUUUCACCAAAGGAGAACGGGCAUUACUGUCCAUUACAGAUAACAGUUCAUCCUCGGACAUCAGGGAGAGCUCGACCUCUUACAUCAAGUCCUCCAACCCUUCCUAUUCAGACUAUUCUUCCUCUUCUCAUGCUCAGACUGAAAGAAGUAACAUCUCAUCUUAUGAUGGGGAGUAUGCUCAGCCUUCCACUGAGUCACCCGUUCAGCAUACAUCUGACCUCCUGUCCCUCACAUCCACCAUUAACAUGCCAGAUGCUGCUGCUCAGUCUGUUGGUGGCUGGUCAUCUUCUCCUUCAGUGCCUCCUCCGCCUCUGCCCUCAGAAUCACAAUCCCACCAGUUCUCAUCAGCCGUACCAUCACCUGGGGCCUCUGUGUAUCUGCUGAAGUCUACCUCUGAUGCAUCUCCGCCUUUGUCCUCCUCACCCUCACCUUUACCCACAUCCAUGACAGCAUCUACCCCGGCCCCACUUCCUGUCUCACAGACAACCUUACCACAUUCAUCUUCUACCCUAGUCCUGCCCAGGGUAAAGGGGACUCCUAUGACUUCGGUUCAGAUGCCGACAGCAUCAUCAUCCUUGGCAACACCCCGCAGUAGUCAAACAGUAGACCCUAAGAACCAGAGCACCUCACAUCAAGAGAAAAUUGUUAUAGAAUCAAAGUCACCAAGCUUGGUGUCUAUGCCCACAGAGUCUGUCAAUGCUGUAACAAUGAGCUCUCCUUCGGAGGUCUCUUUAUCUCCAGCCUUGAAAGAGUCUUCCACAGAGCAAAGCCUUCCACCCUCUGGCACCAGCUUAGUCCCAAUGUCUCCAGCUCUGACAGCCACCGUUCUUGAGAUUUCUCAUCCAACUGUGACCACUCCCAGCAUCCCAUCGAGCACAGCCUCUGUGAUCACUAGCCCUGCGCCUAUACAGACUACAGCUAGAAAACAGCUCUUGCCAACCCGUCCUGAAAUCCUAGUGACACAUGUCUCAACACAAGUUGCCAUCGGCACAAAGAGGACCGAGGUGCAUGAAGAUGCUACCACCACAUCGAUCCCUCUGACCAGUGUACUCACAUCAGCCAAAGAACUGACCACACGGCUUGGCAUUAUAGAAGCGCACAGCCCAGCUUCACAUGUCCUCGAGACAUCUCUUUCCCCCCAAACCACAGAUGUUUCUACAGCUGAAGUGUCAACUCCUAAUUCUGCCACCUUAGCUGUUCACAGCAGCACGUGGUCUCCCACAGCACUGUCAUCUUCAGCGUCAGUCGAUAACUGCGCCAAGAACCCUUGUCUUCAUGAGGGCGAAUGCACGGAGGACUCCACUGGUCAUGGCUAUCGAUGUGCGUGCUCACCUUCCUGGCAAGGGGAUAACUGCAGUGUGGAUGUGAAUGAAUGCCUGUCGAACCCCUGCCCACCCCUGGCCGUGUGCAACAAUACUCAGGGAUCCUUUAUCUGCAAAUGCCCGGUUGGGUACCAGUUGGAAAAAGGAAUAUGCAAUUUGGUUAGAACCUUCGUGACAGAGUUUAAAUUAAAGAGAACUUUUCUUAAUACUACUGUGGAAAAACAUUCAGAUCUACAAGAAGUUGAAAAUGAGAUCACCAAAACGUUAAAUGUGUGUUUUUCCACAUUACCUGGCUAUAUCCGAUCCACAGUUCGUGCUUCUAGGGAGUCCAACGUGGUGGUGAUCUCACUGCAAACAACCUUUUCCAUGGCCUCCAAUGUGACACUGUUUGACCUGGCUGAUGGGAUACAGAAAUGUGUCAAUACCUGCAGAUCCUCUGCUGAGGUCUGCCAGCUCUUGGGAUCUCAGAAACGGAUCUUUAGAGCGGGCAGCUUGUGCAAGCGGAAGAGCCCUGAGUGUGACAGAGAGACCUCCGUCUGCACUGACCUGGACGGCGUGGCCCUGUGCCAGUGCAAGGCAGGCUACUUCCAGUUCAACAAGAUGGAUCACUCCUGCCGAGCCUGUGAAGAUGGAUAUAGGCUUGAAAAUGAAACCUGUAUGAGCUGCCCGUUCGGCCUCGGUGGUCUCAACUGUGGGAACCCCUAUCAGCUUAUCACGGUGGUGAUUGCAACUGCAGGAGGUGGGCUGCUUCUCAUCCUGGGCAUUGCACUGAUAGUGACCUGCUGCAGAAAGAAUAAAAAUGAUAUAAGCAAACUCAUCUUCAAAAGUGGGGAUUUCCAAAUGUCCCCAUAUGCUGAGUACCCCAAGAAUCCUCGCUCUCAAGAAUGGGGCCGAGAAGCUAUUGAAAUGCAUGAGAAUGGAAGCACCAAAAACCUCCUGCAGAUGACGGAUGUGUAUUACUCGCCUACAAGUGUAAGGAAUCCUGAACUUGAACGAAAUGGACUGUACCCCGCCUACACUGGAUUACCAGGAUCGCGGCAUUCUUGCAUUUUUCCCGGACAGUAUAACCCGUCUUUCAUCAGUGACGAGAGCAGAAGAAGAGACUACUUUUAAGUCCAGAAGAGAGAGGGGCCCACUGCUCUGAGCCAGUUACCAGGGCCCUCAGUGGCUCGAGGACUGUACCAGGAGGCUGCUCCCAGGACAUGUCGGAACCACGCUUGAGCAGCAAGCAGGAGGAGUGACGGGUGUGAGGGGCUUGGCCACAGUGGAGGCGUCAGAGGAGCUGCAGGCUGCAGACUCACACCUCUGUCGUUACUGUGAAUGUGAACGUGGACCAGUACCAAGAGAGUCUCUCUGAGUGACUGGACUGCGGCACUACUCCAGGAUGACUGCUAGCCAGGGCAGACCACUAGGUAUCAUUGCAAGAACCCGGCUUUCCUUAGUGUGCACUUUAGUAUAUCGGGCAGGGAGUUUUCCUUCAGGAUUUGUUUCUCAACUGUUCCAGGAGGAAGACUUCCUUUCCAGAGACAUUUCCAUAGGCCUCGAUUUGGCGACUAAUUUGCAGCAAAAUACUGGCUUAUUAGCUAUUUCCCUGCCCGGUGCCUAUGUGUUAAGCAGUAGUUAUAACGGACAUACCACGGAGGUUGGAGAUGCUGCAUUUGGAAGCACAGUAUUGUAACGUGUCUCUAGGUUGUCUCAUGCUACAGUUCCCAAGCCACCCCCAAAAGGAGGAAUUGAAAUUUACGAGGCACAGCACCCAACUCCAAUUUGUUUUUUUAGUCAAGGUGACACAUUUAUUUAUUUCUUUUUUUUCUCUUUGCAGUUAAAUCUCACCUUAUCAAAUAAGUCUGGACCAGGGCAAAACAACUUAGAUUUGGUUCUAUCAUCUUUAGAUGCGUCCCGCUGCCGUGUAUUAAGGGCUGGCAGGCAGGUGGGGGGCUGGCACUGCACACAUGGUGCACUUUAUAUCCGUAAUGGCAUUGUGGGGGCCUGGCAUGCCUGCCACCAUCGCUGAGGCCAGAGGCUGCUGGGUAUGGAGUAGAAACAUAAAGGCAGAUUGGGUCUGAGCUGGAAUUUCACCACUAUGGGAAAAGCAGCUCAAUGUGCUCCCUGUGGCUGGAUGUGGUCAGAGGGAUGGGCUCAUAGCAAGUUACGUUUGCAUCACUGGUGCUUUGGGAAGCCUGUGAUUCCUGAGGAAGAACAGGGAGCUGAGACAGAGCCACAGGUGAGUUCGUUUCCCUGCUGGUGCAGUGUCUUGUGUCCAUAAUCUUAUCCACAGACUCUGUGUAGACUUUCAGCCACUCAAAUCUAUUUAUUUGUUGAAGAAGUAACUUAUUUUUUUCUUACCCAAUCCUUUGCUCCUCUUUAUGCUGCUGUGUAGCGCCCUCCAGAAGCAUAGUUAGAAUUCAAGUGCGCAUUGGAGAACUGAGGACUUGUGGCCAGAGAUCUGGCAGUUUGCCUUAGGGAAGGGAAUUCCGCGUGUCUUAUUUACCAUGCCCGUGACCUGGGUCCUGUGGAACUGUGUUUAUUCGCCUGCUCUUAGAGCAGUGUAGUUUGGAUGCAGUGAAGGUAACUCAGAGGUAGGAGGAUCAUCCCUGCCCUGAAGUUGGGAGCCAUGGCACACCCUUUCUAGAAAUGGUGCAGCCACUGGGGACGGCUCUACCCUGGGCACGAUUGUUUUUUCAAGGUCCUCUAAUCUCUUCAAAACAUAUGUAAAUCCUCAUUCUUACGAAAUUCUUGUCCUAACAGUUUUAAGUAUGAACUUCUGUGUCCUGUGGUCUCCACGACUCGCUGCCACCCUGCUGUAGCAGAAACACUUGUCAGGUGCGCUGCAUUUUUGCUGUUCAAUUACAUUCAUCUCAUGAGAUAAAUGCAAAAAGAAUUCUGUUCUGUGAGUAGAUGCUAACUUAUACUUUCAAAGUCUCACUUUUUUGAAAUCUGAGGUCUUGCCUCUGUCUCUCUGUGGGCCGUGCUGCCUUGCCUCUCAGUGGAGAGCUCUGAGUUCCCGCAUCAGCUCACCAGAGCCAACAGACAGGCUCCCUCGUGAGGUGGCCUGGCAUCGUGGCUCCCCCACUCAUCAUUGACCUGAGCUGUAGGGAGAGCCAUGCAGGGAGGCUGUCCCCGGGCGCACACUUCCGCUGCCUUCACAGGUAUCACAGCUCAUAAACCAGCUCCUCUCUCAGGGCCAGAGCAUUAAGCUCCAUAAAAUGAACUGUUCUGUCUCCAAAGCAUUCUUGGAAAGAAUCCAAGGUUUAGAAAACAGUGUCCUGUGAGUUCUAAGAAUGCUUUCCCUCUCGCAAGUUUCAUCCAUGUGGAGUGGGUUAAGAGUGUCCUGUUCUGUUGUUUUAACAGAUGAAAGCAGGCACCUGCAACGUUGAGGUCACACAGUUGCCACAAUUUCUAGGAGGUGUAUAGGGGUGAGGAAAGCCCUAAGAAGGAUUAAAAAGGCAUGACUGUGACCCUGAGCUCACUGCUCACCGUGGGCAAGGAGGGGAGAAGCUGCUUCACUCCUGCUUGGGGUUCAUAGUUCCAGAAGGGACCUGGCAGGUGGAGUCUCUCCACUCACACACAGGGCCCACUGUCAGCCUGCACACCUGCUGUGCGUGAUUGAUUCAUGUGCACAGAACAGCCGCAGUCCAGUGUUGGGACCCUAUGGCUGAGGGAAGGUGGGGGGAAGGGAAAAGUGACGCUUAACUGCCCACGAGAGACUGAAAGUUCCAUAGGGAAAGGCUGGGCCCAGUCGGACCUGUGUGGCCUGACACACACUCCGAGAGCGAGGCAGGUCGGGUGCCCUGCCAGUGGCUUUAAGCUCCAGAAGGUCUUAUUACUGUUGUGUUCUCCUCUGUGCCCUGUGAUCCAGCUUAGGACAAACUGACAUGUUUUUCUCAUGUUCCUGCCACGCUGGGCUCUGUGAAAGGUUCCUCACAGCACCCUUGCGAGGUGGGCAUGAGAGUGCCUGUUUCUCAGACAUAGAGACUUCUAAAGAGGAUAAAUUACUUGCCUUAUGGAGGCAGGAUUUGAACCCUGCCUCACCACCAAGGCAGACACCUCCCUACUACUACACUUUUAAUGUCAAAGAGGGCAAGAGAAAACGGGCUUAAAAAAUAUGUUGUCUUUAAAAAAAAAAACAAAAAACCUUAAUAUUACUAAAUAGUAACCAAACCAGCAACAUGAAGUAAAAAAUGUUGAAUACCCUUUUGAAGAUGUCCUGUCAGAUUGGUUGCUACGUGUAUUUCUCGGACAGGAGGCACAUUGGUACGUGCGUUGGCUGUAGGAAGAAGAAGACAAAUGGCAGCCAGACUCCCACGUCCAUCCAGGGCCUGGUUUGUUCCCACAGCAAGCCCACCGCUCCCGCGCAUUGGAAGGGUAUUUUUGUAAAUCAUUAUCAGAGGCAGGGACCUACUCAGUUGAAUGUCCUAAAUGCUGACAAACUGGCCUCCUUUGAGGGGAAGUUAUUUUCAGAAGGAACUAAGUCAUUUAGAGCCAACGUUGCUGAUGGAUGGUGCAGUGGAGCUGGCUGGUAGCAUUUGUGGUCAAAAACUAAGAUGAGAUAGUUGUGUUCUUGAAGAGGUGACUCUCAAAGCUGGCCCAAAGCAGAGGGCAGCAUCUUUGGAAUAUGAAGCUGGAUGGCUUCAUGAGAAUAUGUCUUUGAAGGAGGGUAUCUGUUCAGAAGUGAACGUUCCCAGAGCAGCACCUCAGGGCCAUCCUUCGCACGUGGCUUUUUGGUGCCUGCAUUAAGCCGUCUUGCCCACUAGUGAAGUGCCCAGGUGCCCUGUGACUCUUGUCUGAGUUUGCCUGAAGAGGUAAAGCUGUGGAGUCCAGUUGUCCUUGGCUAAAUUUAACCUAAACACACCAAAACUGGAGUUUUGACCUCUAGUUCUAAAACACACUGACUUUGAGGUUAGAGCACUUCUUUGGAAAGAGGAAGCAUGCCAAGUUCAUUAUUUGAAUGUCUUUUGUAUUUUAUUUACAAUUACCUUUAGUAUCAGUAUUUUUUCCUACCUGAAAGCUUUUACAGGGAUAUUUCAUUUCCUCCUUCUUGACAAGUUGUCAUUCUGAGGUUCUCAACGUGUGUUUUUGGAUGGUUUUAUAGAGUUUGCUUUUGGGUAUGUGUUUUGGAUGGCUUUACAGAGUUUGCUUUUGGGUAUGUGUCCUUUUUUCUUCUUCUUUUCUCAAGUUCUCAAGGAAGACAACUGACGACAAUAGUAAAAACAUGAAAGUAUUAAAUACUAAUUAAUGUGUCGUACUCAAGUAUCUUCAGUAGUGUUACACCCCAUUGUGUCUGGUGUAAACUGCUCACAGAAAGCCUAUGAAAACCAGAGGGGGUCGUUUAGGUCUAAAAGGAGGUAGGUCCUAGACUGGCUUUGUCCCCUGGGCAUUUUCAAAGAGGACAUUUUAAAGAAUUUGCCUCCUUGAUUCUGGUUUUAUCUGGGAAUGGCUGUGUCUAACACCCUUUGGGGAGGAUAGACCAGGGGAGGGGUGAGUGGAACCAGUUCUACCUGGGAAACGGAUCCGACUCACUUACCCUUUCUGUAUGACCAUGGCCUGUUCUAAAAAGUAAACGAUGGUUUCAUCAUGAGUUGCUCAGAGUUUUGUUGAUGUUUGUGUUGCUGGACUUACCGUUAAAUGAAGCCUAGAGCUGGAAUAUGAACUUUUUGAGUUUUCACAUUGUCCUGGAUUUCUCUCUGUAAACCUUUAAACCUUAGCCCCUGGUUGAUUGUGUUAAAUCCAUUAUGAGAAUGUUAUUUAAAGUUGUAUUAUAAUUGCAACCUCCACUAAUUAUUCAGUACUGUAGCAGCAAAGUAUUAUUUGUAAGAAUUUGGUUAUUUUUAUACUUAUACCCACUAUAAGUCUGGCGUUCUAGUCAGGAAAAUGAUGCAAUAAAAUUGAUUAUCAUUUUCA